GAGAGACGGACGCAGAUUUCGCCCAAUGGAAAGCUCCACUCUCUUGAAGGCGGAACUAACGCGUACCUGAGGCGCGGUUCCCUGCCGGAAGCCGGAGUCUGCGGUGCUGUUGGGCAAACGCAGGUGGGCAAGGUGGACGCAGGAUGGCAAAACAGAAGAGAAAAGUUCCCGAAGUGAUGGAGAAAAAGAACAAAAAGCUGAAGAAGGUGUCAGCAGAGGGGCCACUGCUGGGCCCUGAGGCCAUGCCAGAUGGUGAUGGAACCGGCCCCCAGAGUGACACGUCCCUUCCUGUCAUCUGUGGCUGCACCUCGGGCAGGGCUGUCUUCCAGUGCUUUCCCUUACCGACAGAAUUGACUGCACUCAGAGACCAUCUAGUCCACCAGCCCUGCUGCAUGACUCCAGCACUGAAGACCUUCUGUUUUCAUAAGAACCACAUACCAGCCGGGGAAGGAAACCACAGUGAAAACAGUGGCUCAGGGACUUGUGAGAAGGGCUGCGGCAUGAGCACCGAGAAGGAAGACUGGGAUGCCGUGACCCACCACAGAGCUAAGGGGUUCUGUACUGAAGCCAGUGGGGCCCUGCGGACAAAGCAUCCGUGUCUCAAGGCUUGCCUUCUGCUAAGGAGGGUACUUCAGGGACCCCUGAGCUCCACAGAGAAGCAGACCCCACUGGGAAAGCAGUGUGAUAUCCUUUGCGAGGGGCCAUGCGUGUGCUGCAGUGUCGGGGCCCGGCAGGGGCUCCGUAUUUGUGACUGAUAUGGCGGUGAUUGUGCCAGAGGCAGGAAGCCUCCCUGGGAUGCAGUCCAGCCUGUGUGAAGACUGUGCCCCAAAUCCCACCUCCAGGGCAUGUGGGACCUUCCCUCGUGCCUGUCCGGAGGCUCAGGCUUAGGGACGGACAUCAGCUUCCUCAGCAGGCUCCUGGCCAACAGCUGGGGACACAGUACCAAGGGUCUGGGGGGUCUGGUGGUCUAGGAGCCUCUUGGCAUCCUGUGGACAGACAGGCAGAAGGGCAGGUAGAACCCUCCCAGCCCCCUCUCUCCUCCAGCUUUGUCCACGUUGCAGUCUGGUCCUGGACUUCACAACUUGCUAUAAGGAAUGGCCAGGGAUGGGUUCCUUCUGCUGGGACAGUUUGUGGGGGCAGGAAGGGCUGUAGAGCAGGGCCCCUCCCUGCCGCCUCCUGAAAACAGGCAGUGUCCUCUGCUCCCCUGUCCCUCUGCAUGGCCCAGAGCUGGCAUCUGCUGGCUAAGAUGGGCCCCGAUUGGCCUGGCCCCAAAUCUGCUAGGCGGCGUCAGGCAGCGUGGGGGUCUCAUAGGGGCCCUGCUAGAUGCACAGACACCUGUGGCCACAGCGAUGCUGCACACGUGAUCAUGGGCAGUUUUUCCAUUUCCUUCUGUGGGCCUGGGGAAAUCUUGGGGGAGGGUGGCUUUCUGGGCAGAGAUCCCGCAGUGCUGUGGGGCUUGUUCGGGAACGGAUCGGCACGCUCUCCUUGUCCUUCAGCCACUGGCUGCCAGCAAAAGCUGUGGCAGGAACUCACCGAGUUGUGUCUGCCUUAUCCCACCUUUUGAGAAGCUUCCUCUGGUGCAGCUGGCUGGUCCUCUGCGGGGCUCUUGCUCUCCUAGUGUUGUUCUGCUCGGCCCUGAAAGUGCCACCCUCACCGAUGGCCACUGGAGGGAGCUCCAGAACCGAGCCUGCCCUUGAGGCUGGCUGGAAGCCGGGGACGGCCCUGGAACUGCCUUGGGAUCAGAGUGUGUUAAAAGCUCCCUGCACUUUCAAUCUUACAGCAUGUCCUGAAGAGAGCCUCUGCCUGGGUGUUUUCAAUAUCCCUGCCCCUUCUCCAUGAGAUACUGAGCCCUGAUCUGCACUGGGGAAGCUCACUCUCUGGCAGGUGCAAUUGACUGUGUUGCCAUUGCCCCAGCAGGGAGACCACCUCCAUUGCUCCCAAAGUCCCCUCACCCCUCCAUGGGCCACGCCCUCCAAGACCCGAACCUCCGGUGAAGUGGGUUCUCUGCUCAAGUAUCCUGUGCAGCUCCGUGUUUCUGAGGUUCACCCAUGUUGUUGUGUGUCCCUGGUCAGCACAUGUUGUAUGUGUCCCCGGUUGGCUCGUGUUGUUGUGUUCCCCCAAGUUGAACCAUGUUGUUGUUCGUGUUCCCCAGUCGGCCCAUGGUAUUGUGCAUGUCCCCAGUCAGCUCUUGGUGUUGUGCAUGUCCCCGGUCGGCUCGUGGUGGUGUGCGUGUCCCCGGGGUCGGCCCGUGUUGUUAUGCAUGUCCCCAUCGGCCCGUGUUGCCAUGCGUGUCCCCAUCGGCCCGUGUUGCCUUUCGUGUCCGCCGUCGGUCUGUGUUGCCCCACGUGUCCCCAGUCAGUCCUUUUCACUGACGAGCAGCAUUCCUCCAACGCACAGGCCCCAUCUGUUUAUCUGUCCACCUGUUGCCAUGCAGUUGGGUUGCUCCAGUGUGGAGCUGCAGUGAACACUGUGUACAGUUGUUCCUGUGGACUUCAGUUCCCAUUUUUCUUGGGUAAAUGUCUAGAACUGGGACAGUGAGAACAGAUGUUAACUGUGCUUAAUUUUGGAAGUGGUGUACAUUUUGCCCUCCUCUCAGUGGCUCAGCUGCACACUUAGUGUAUGCCAGUUGCCUGGAGCUGGGCAGGAAGCCAGGCUGUCCAGCCCCAGGUCUGAAGAGGGGCCCCAAGGGGUGCCGUGGCCCCUAGAACAGGAUGGGGCCAUGAUUCCUCCUGCCUUGGGCUUUAUUGUUUCUCAGACUGGCACUGGGAAGAACCCUCGUGCCCCAAGGGACUCUGCAGAAAGUGUCCUGUGGUGACUAGGGCAGCACCUGGUUCUUUU